AUCAUCAGUCCCUGCGUUGUUCUAUUUUAUCAUGCAGCAUGUGUGCUGGUCACAUAAAUAUCCCAGGAUUGGGCACAGCAAGCCCUUGUUACUAUGCCUACAGACUGGAUGCACCACAAUAGGAAUGCAGCAAAGGUGCUGAUCAUGGACGGAGCUGCUUUUGCGAGGAUCAUUGUCAAAAGACAUGGUGACCUACAAGAUUAAAAUUGCAACAGGGACUGACCUGACUGCUGGGACCUGUGUACAAGUCUCCAUUGUUCUUGUGGGAGACGACGGGGAAAGUGCUAAACAUCAACUGCCCCAUAAGUGGAACAACUUCAUACGUGGAGCAGUGACUGAUUUUGAAGUUGACACUGAGAAAGAUCUUGGAGAGCUCCUGCUGAUCCGGCUGUCCACAGAGCAAUACAAGACCUUUAAUAUGGAUGAUUGGCAAUGCCGCUAUGUUGAUGUGACCAGUCCCAGUGGUCAGCUCUACCAGUUCCCUUUCUAUCAGUGGAUCUCUGGUGCAACGACUGUGGAGAUCCCAGAGGGGAAGGGUGUCAUAUUAUCUGGGAAUACUCCCCCUGUUCUCCAGCAACAACGGAGAGCGGAACUGGAGAGGCAGAGAUCUACACACAAGUGGAAAGUUUUUGCAGAAGGCGUCCCUCACUGCAUUGAUACAGACAAGGUUCAGGAACUGCCCCUUAAUGACCAGUUCUCUUUCAUUAAACGGAGCAGCUUUUCCUCUGCUAUUAUGACCAAAAAUUAUGAAAUGAAGAUGGAAGGCUUCACAACCUGUAAGGAAUCUUGGAAUGAUAUAGACGACAUCAGAUAUAUGUUGUCCCUUCAAAACUCAAAAAUUUCUGAUGUUGUGGCUGAGCUAUGGAAAGAGGAUUAUUUCUUCGGAAGCCAAUAUCUGAAUGGAACUAACCCUAUGAUAAUCAAGAAAUGCUCCAAAAUCCCCGAGAACUUCCCAGUUGGUGAAAACAUGGUGGCUUCAUCUCUAGGGACCAUGACCAGUCUUCAGAAAGAAGUAGAGGACGGUAACAUCUUCCUGGCUGAUUAUAAGAUUAUGAUUGGGGUCCCUGCCAAUAAUUCUGUUAAUGGAAAGCAACAAUACAUUGCUGCCCCUAUGUGUCUACUGUGGAAGAAUCCUCAAGAUCAACUUGUGCCAAUAGCCAUCCAGCUGGCUCAAACCCCAGGAGAGAAUGCUCCAAUCUUCCUGCCCAGUGACUCCGAGGCUGACUGGCUACUGGCCAAGAUGUGGGUGCGCAAUUCUGACUACCAGGUGCAUAAAGUGGUCACUCACUAUCUCUGCACUCAUUUCUUUGCUGAGGCCUUUAACAUUGCAACCACCAGACAACUUCCAAUGAGCCACCCAGUAUACAAGCUCAUUUCUCCACAUCUUCGCUAUACCCUUGAGAUCAAUAUCCUUGCCAGAAUAAGUGGCUUUGGUCCUCAGGGCUUCUUUCAUCAGGGUGCGGUAACCGGAAAUGGAGGGAUUCCGAUACUGAUGAAAAAUGCAAUGGAUGGGGUCACUUACAGCAGCCUCUGUCUCCCUGAUGACAUCCAGACAAGAGGAGUAGAAUCCAUUCCCAAUUACUUGUUCAGGGAUGAUGGGAUGAAGAUCUGGUUGGCUGUGGAGAGCUUUGUGUCCAACAUUGUUCAUUACUACUAUAAGAGUGAUGAAGCAGUCAGUGCGGAUCCUGAACUUCAGGCAUGGGUGGCAGAGAUCUUCAAAGAAGGUUUCUUGGAGAACAAAUCUUCAGGGAUCCCAUCAUCGUUGGAGACCACAGCCUCUCUGAUCAAGUACCUGACCAUGGUGAUCUUCACAUGUUCUGCUCAUCAUGCAGCUCUCAACAAUGGUGAGUCUGACUUCUACCCCUGGAUGCCCAAUAAUCCCACAUCCUUGAAAUGCCCCCCUCCCACAGCUAAGGGCAUCAGCACAAUGCAGAGUAUCCUGGAUGCAUUGCCAGAUGUAAACAUUACUGCCGCGUUCCUAGCUUCGCUGGUCACUGCUGAAUCGACACAUGUGAUACUAUUUGGAGAUUACCCAGAUGUGCGUUUUACAGAAAAGAUCCCGCAGAAGUUCAUUAAGGAUUUCCAAAACAAGCUGGCGGAAAUUUCCAAGUCCAUUAAUGAGCGGAACAAAAGCAUGGAUUUGCCGUAUCCCUACUUGGACCCAAAAAAGAUUGAGAACAGUGUCACUGCCUAACAUUAAUAGAAGCUGUUUAUCUACUGGUUGUGUCUGAAUUUCCAAUCCAUUUUUCAUGUCUCCUUAUUCAGAGUCUGUCGCCUCAGCCCCCUUCCCUUCACGUACCUGAGUCAGAUGUGGCUGGAAUACGAGUGCAGGCGUGGCUUCAUUGUGCAUAGUGUAAAUGUUAAAAUCCACAGUACAUAGGCUUACCAUAUCAUACCUCUGCAAAAGAGGGACAGCUUCACGCACUUCUAGUGUACGGCCUGAAUUAGAGAGCAUGGCCUUAUGAAUAGGGGGCGUGACCUUGUGACAAGAGCUGUGAUCUCAAGCCACUCCCCUGUUUUCAUCACUAUGGAUGCAUGAACAGAGCUCAGUGACCUGCUGGCCAUGCCCCCUGUACCUCUCUGCCGGGGAAUAGACACUGUGCGCAUGCACACAGCAUCUAUUCACCGCUGCUCUGCCCAGAGCAGUGAGUGACAGAGGGGAUCUCCCAUCUGCCCCCCCCCCCCCCUCCCCAUCGCAGUGUCCCGUGGGUGGGACAACAAGACAGACAGUGAAAAACGGGACUGUCCCACCAAAACCAGGACAGUUGGGAGGCAUGCCAUAUUAUCCCUUUAAACGGGACACCAAUGAAUUACACAGGUUCUGGGGUUCAGUAUGACAUCUUGGCAUCCGAAAAUGGCGACACGUUUGGGGGAUAAGUGUGCUAACCCACCUCUAGUGGGGUGGCGGCUAUGGCUCACCACCCCACUAGUGCCUUACCUAAUCCCCCUGUGAUGUCUAAACCGGAUCUGUAGCUGCUUAAAACCAGGUGAAAUGCAGCUUUGUAGUCAGCCAGCCAUAUAACCUGUGUACUGUAAUUCAUGACUGUCCUGGUUUAAAGGGAUAGUAUGGUAAGCCUAGCAGUAGCAGUAGACAAUUUAAGCACAUUACAGUUAAUGGUCAGAUAGUGCAAAACAGUUCCCAAGUGGAUUAUAUCAUCUGAAAUGUAAACCUAACCAGAUGUAAAAUGGAAUUUGUUAUCAUUAUUUUUUGUUAUGAGAACAGUUAAAAUAUUUGAGCAGUGUUCCCCAGCUGUGUGAAGCAUUCUCUAUAUUUGUAUAACGAGUGUGCACUGCAGUGUAACGUGUCUUUUAAAACACUAUUCGAGCUGUGUCAGUGCAUAUGCAUAUAUCUGUGUGCUUUCACCUUGUGCAACCAAUCAGACGCAAUCAUCAUCAUCAUCAGUCUGCAAAUUACACCGGCGUUAUAGCUUCCGCAUGUCAGACCGCUACAGGCAACUACAUUUGUCGCUUUUCACUUCCCAUUUUAGUUGUAAUUUAUGACUACACGCUCUACCCACAACCUUACUGCACUUUGGACAUGUCUACACGCCCACUUCCUUCAUCUGCACGCCAGUUCCACCCCCCUGUCUCAGCCCCCUAUUUGCACACUCUUUUUGUACUCCGGAUGAAUGGCUGUAAAAAGACACCCAUUGUAAAAAGACACGCACACACACACACACACACACACACACACACACACACACACACACACACACACACACACACACACACACACACACACACAACACACACACACACACACACACACGUGCAACCUGCAGCAGGAAAAAGACGCUAAAUGCAUAUAGUGUUCGUUUGACUCUGAAUAAGGCCCUGUAUGAUUUGGUAAUUCCUAUAUAGUAAAUUACCUCAACAAAUUUGUGACACAAUUAAAAAAUGAAAAAAUGAA